CGCAGCGGCAGUUCACGUGCGCUAGUCAAGUCCUUUCUUGCUUGCGCGGCGCGAAGUCACAGCGCAGAUGGAUAGGCAGAGUCAAUAAAAUAGUCAAGACUGUCUCGAAAUCGCCUGCUAGCGAGCCGCAACAAUGCCAGCCUAUUUUCAGAGACCGGAGAACGCUCUUAAACGAGCAAACGAGUUUCUUGAAGUUGGAAAAAAGCAGCCAGCUUUGGAUGUGCUCUACGAUGUCAUCAAGAGCAAAAAACACAGAACAUGGCAGAAAAUACACGAGCCUAUUAUGCUCAAGUACCUGGAGCUCUGCGUGGACCUUCGCAAGAGCCACUUGGCAAAGGAGGGAUUGUAUCAGUACAAGAACAUAUGUCAGCAGGUGAAUAUCAAAUCUCUGGAAGAUGUGGUCCGUGCUUACCUCAAACUUGCAGAAGAGAAGACUGAGACUGCAAAAGAGGAGUCUCAGCAGAUGGUGCUGGACAUUGAGGAUCUGGACAACAUUCAGACCCCAGAGAGUGUUCUGUUGAGCGCAGUCAGUGGUGAAGACACUCAAGACCGCACUGACAGACUACUUCUCACCCCUUGGGUCAAGUUCCUGUGGGAGUCGUACCGCCAGUGCCUGGAUCUGCUAAGGAAUAACUCUAAAGUAGAGCGCCUUUACCAUGACAUUGCUCAACAAGCGUUUAAGUUUUGCCUACAGUACACCCGUAAAGCAGAGUUCCGUAAGCUGUGUGACAACCUGCGAAUGCAUCUGGGGCAAAUCCAGCGACACCACAACCAGAGCACUGCCAUCAACCUGAACAACCCUGAGAGCCAGUCCAUGCAUCUCGAGACACGCCUGGUCCAGUUGGAUAGCGCUAUUAGCAUGGAGCUGUGGCAGGAAGCAUUCAAAGCCGUUGAAGACAUCCAUGGAUUGUUUGCCCUCUCAAAGAAACCCCCUAAGCCCCAACUUAUGGCCAACUACUAUAAUAAGGUGUCCACUGUAUUCUGGAAGUCUGGCAAUGCCUUAUUCCAUGCCUCUACCCUGCACAGACUCUAUCACCUCUCUAGGGAAAUGCGCAAGAAUCUCACCCAGGAAGAGAUGCAGAGAAUGUCCACUCGAGUGCUCUUGGCCACUCUUUGUAUACCCAUCACCCCCGAGCGCACUGAUAUUGCGCGUCUGUUGGACAUGGAUGGUAUCAUUGUGGAGAAGCACCGCAGACUGGCAACACUACUUGGCCUACAGUCACCACCCACCCGUCAGAGUCUCAUCAAUGACAUGGUGAGGUUCAACCUGCUUCAGUAUAUUGUUCCUGAAGUCAAAGAGCUGUACAACUGGUUGGAGGUAGACUUCCACCCUCUUAAACUUUGUGGAAGAGUGACUAAGGUGCUGAACUGGGUAAGAGAUCAAGAAGAGAAGGAAUCAGACCUGCAGCAGUAUGUUCCUCAUUUACAGAACAACACCAUCCUCAGACUGCUUCAACAGGUGGCUCAGAUCUACCAGAGCAUUGAGUUCAGCAGGUUGGCAUCUCUAGUACCAUUUGUUGAUACUUUCCAACUGGAGCGCUCCAUUGUGGAUGCAGCACGUCACUGUGACCUGCAGGUGCGCAUUGAUCAUACAUCGCGCACACUGAGUUUUGGCUCAGAUCUGAACUACUCAACUAAAGAGGACGCCCCUGUAGGUCCAUUCCUACAGAACAUGCCUUCUGAACAGAUACGGAAUCAGCUCACUGCCAUGUCUUCCUCCUUGGCUAAAGCCAUCCAAGUCAUAAAACCUGCCUCUAUACUGCAAGAACAAGAGGAACAGAGUCAACAGGCCAUCACAGCCUACUUAAAGAAUGCCCGCAAGGAGCAUCAGCGCAUCCUUGCACGCCGACAAACUAUUGAGGAGCGCAAGGAGCGUCUGGAGAGCCUCAACAUCCAGAGGGAGAAAGAGGAGCUCGAGCAGCGGGAGGCAGAGCUUCAGAAGGUGCGCAAGGCCGAGGAGGAGCGUCUCAGACAGGAGGCCAAAGAGCGAGAAAAGGAGCGCAUCAUGCAAGAACACGAGCAGAUCAAGAAGAAGACCGUGCGUGAGCGACUGGAGCAGAUUAAGAAAACUGAGCUGGGAGCCAAGGCCUUCAAAGACAUUGAUAUUGAGGAUCUGGAGGAACUGGACCCUGACUUCAUCAUGGCCAAACAGGUUGAACAACUUGAAAAGGAAAAGAAAGAGCUUCAGGAGCGUCUGAAGAACCAAGAAAAGAAGAUCGACUACUUUGAGAGGGCCAAGCGCCUUGAAGAGAUUCCUCUGAUCAAGAAAGCCUUUGAGGAACAGCGCAUCAAAGAUAUGGAGUUAUGGGAGCUGCAAGAGGAAGAGAGGAUCAGCAACAUGAAAAUGGAGCGUGAGAAGGCACUAGAACACAAACAGAGAAUGUCCAGGAUGAUGGAGGACAAGGAGAACUUCCUGUCCAAAAUAAAAGCUGCUCGAAGCUUCAUCUAUGAGGAAAAACUCAAGCAGUUCCAAGAACGUUUAGUCGAGGAGAGGAAGAAGCGUCUUGAGGAUCGAAAGAAGCAGCGCAAAGAGGACAGACAAAAUGCCUUCUACCGCCAGAAAGAAGAGGAGGCUCAGAGAAUUCAUGAAGAACAGCUCAAAAAAGAGCGGGAGGAGCGGGAGCGCAUAGAACAGGAACAAAGAGAGGAGGAAGAACGCGAAUACCAGGAGCGUUUGCGCAAGCUGGAGGAACAGGAAAGAAAGCAGCGGGCCCGACAGCAGGAAAUUGAGGAGCGUGAACGUCGUAAGGAAGAGGAAAGGAAGGCACCAGAAGAAAAACCCAGCAAGGAAUGGGGUGAACGGGAGGAAAGCGGCUGGAGGAAGCGUGGUGAAGGAGAAUCAGAGUGGCGACGUCCUGUUGCUGACAGAGAGUGGCGUCAGGAAGGGCGUGAAGACAAUGACAAGGAAGACCGUGACCGAGAAACGCCCUUCAGAAGAGGAGGAGACAGUUCUCGCCGUGGUGGUUCAGAUGACAGAGGACUCCGCCAUGGCUUUGAUGAAGAUCAAGGUCCGCGACGAGGAGGUGACGAUGACCGCGUACCCAGACGGGGCUUUGAUGAUGACCGCGUACCCAGACGGGGCUUUGAUGAUGACCGCGUACCCAGACGGGGCUUUGAUGAUGACCGCGGGCCCAGACGGGGCUUUGAUGAUGACCGAAGUCACAGGAGAGUUGAUGAUGACCGUGGACCUAGGCGUGGAAUGGACGAAGACCGUGGCCCCAGACGAGGUGAUGAUAACCGUGGUCCGAGAAGAGGCUUUGAUGGUGACCGUGGUCCAAGAAGAGGCUUUGAUGAUGACCGUGGUCCGAGAAGAGGCUUUGAUGAUGACCGUGGCCCCCAUCGAGGCAUGGAUGAACCCAGAGGACCUCGACGUGGGGCAGAUGACGACUGGGGCCCCCGAAGAGGAGGAGAUGAUGAGAGGGGAUCCCGCAGAGGUAUGGAUGAAUCUGGCCCACGUCGUGGAGAUGACGCUAGACCUUGGAAGCCUCUGGGGAGACCAGGUGUGAGCUUGACUGGCGGAUGGAGAGAGCGAGAGAAGGCUCGAGAGGAAAGCUGGGGACCUCCUCGUGAUGGUGGUCGUGAUGAUGAUGAUGGUGAGCGUGAAGAAGACGACCGUCAUGAGGGUGAUCGAUUCAGAGAUCGUCGCUCUCCCAGGGAAGAGGGGGGUGGAUGGAGAAGAGGCGGUGCUGAGGAGACCAGCAGUUGGCGAGAUUCUCGUCGUGAAGACUUUGAUCGUGAGGAACGCCGUGACCGUCGUGACAUUAAAGACCGCAGAGAUGACCAUGACCACAGAGGACCUCUCAAAGACCAUGAUGAAGGUGGUUCUUGGCGCCGUGGUGAUGACCGACGGGAUGAGCGCAAGGAUGAAAGAGACGCUCCUCCCAGACCACGUGACCGGGACCGUGAGGGGGGUGAGAAGAGCUCCUGGCGCUCUGACAAAGAUAAGGAAAACCAGCGCCGGACCAAGAAUGAGACCGAUGAUGAUGGCUGGACCACUGUCCGCCGCUAAAGCAUCAAAUUUUUGCUUGAUGUCGUACUAAGCCUUGAUGUGUUCUCUAAUCAACAAGAGUUGCAAGGUCGCUGCUUACAUUCACAUGGAAUGCAUAAAGCUUUACCAUAGAUUCACAAAACUUGCAACAGGUUUUCAAACAUGGCAAUUUAUAUUUAUGAUCUCUUUUUAAAAACUUCAACUUCCAUUGAAAAGUAGCUCAUUCCUUUUUGUUAUGCAUGCUUAGACGAUUAAAAAUGGUCUCAGAAAAUUAUGUAGUUUUAUUUUUCUUUGGUUGCAGAUAUGAUAUCAAGUUCAAAAACAUAUACGUUAUUACAGACAUUACUUCAGAGGUAUUGUGGUGAGGAUUUGAGAUGAAAUCAGCAGUUUAUCCCUACAGCUGUGUCCAUGCUGUAGUUGCUGCCUAUCCUGUGGUUGUAUGCCUUCUAGAAAUAUGAAAAACCUUUAUUAAUAAAGUUGUUUGCUCAGA